ACACUGCUCCGGUUUGAAAGGCACGUAUAAAAGACCUGAGCACCGCACGGACCGUCAACAGUUCAGCUCCACACUUACAAGUCUCAACUUCGAGUUCCUGACUUGCCGAAAACUCCAUUGCCAAAAUGAUGAAAAUCACGAUUGCGUUCGCUCUGUGCAUGUUGGCCGUGGCCACUGCAGCCCCACUCGUGCCCGUCGUGCCCGUCGUACCCGUGAUUGCCCAUCACCCUGCCACGGUCGUCCACUCGUCCGCCGUCGUACAAUCUCACCCGACCGCCGUCCGCGUGGUCGUGCCGGCCGCCGUCCACCCAGUCGUCCAUCCAGUCGUCCACACGGUCGUCCGACCGGCCCUGUCCAUCCACCCCGUGGCCGCCGUCCAUCCGGUCGUGCCAGUCGUCCAUUACUGAUGACGUUCACACGGCUAUAUUGCGGGCUCUUAAUUUAUUUUUAUCUUUUGUAAAAAUUAUUUAUUUCAAAAUCACUUUCAAAAUAUAACCUUUCUCUUGAGAAUUUUA